UGGUGACGUACGCGAGUGCGCGGCGACGUCAUGACGCACGGCCCGAGCCAAGUGGAGUUGCGGGGGGCACCGCUUUGACGGAGCGAAUUUCGCUGUCCAAGAGAGAGGUGGGGGGCGGGGGGGGUAAUAACGGAGGCGAAAGAGUUUAACACGACAAGCAAUGGCGUGGCAUCCACAUGGCAACAAGAGGAUGAUGCCAAUGGGUCACCACGGUUACAGAGAGAAGACAACAUUUAUGGACCAGGAGCCUCGUUGGCUGGACAACUCUGAUGACAUACCAAUCUAUCAUGAUCGAGGCAUGGAGCGGCGUAGGUCACCCAAAGAAUGGUGCGAAGAAGAUUGGGACGGCCACCGACAGUGGGAGAGACGUUCAGGAAGUCGUGCACCAGAAUACAGUGAGCGAGACCACUACCGCCACCAAAUGCCUCGUGGCAGGCCGUGGGCCAACAACACGCCAUCCAGCGCGAUGCCCUUCGACGCUCGCACUGUGCGCAACGCGGCUCGCGGCGGCAGUGGCGACGACGGCGGCGGUGUGCGAGACCGCAGCUUCUCCCCCCACGAGCGUGGCGAUAACCGGCGCCGCAGCUACUCGCCGAACAACGACUCGUACGAGCCGGAGCCCGGGAGGUGGAUGAGCGGUCGCAGUUACGAGCGGGAGCGGUUGCCCCCGCUGCUGCCCGGGGGCCGCAGCGUCGCUGGUGACAGGCGGUCUGUGUCGCCGCCGCCGCCGCCGCACUUCCAGGGCCGCCCGAGUUUCACGGAAUGGAACGAUGCUCCCGGGAGGUUGAAGCCUGCCAAGCCGGAACCCAAGAGGAGGAGUCCUCUGCUGGCGCAUCCCAAGGCGUACGGGUCGACGUUGCCAGCCGCGGGCCAUGCUGUGGGUGUCUCACCGAAGCCGCACACUGUCACCAGGCAGAGCAAAGGAAAAUCUGCGGAACCGCCGAAAACUAAACUUGGUUUCCGCAGCCCGUCGGCCUCCCCCAAGGUGCUCGAUGCCGCACAGCCACCAACGCAAAGCGGACAGAGCAACUCGAGCCUGGCCGCCGAGGAGGUCGUCUCUUCAGCGGUGACACAGGCGGCGGUGGCGGCGGUUAAGAACGCUUCCCCUAAGCCGUCAGAUUGUACGGAAAGGACGAACCUCGCCGGCAUGGUGGUCGGCGCGGACGCCUGCGUGGGCCUGUCGUUUUCCACCAACGGUGUGCCCAAGGACCACCCGAAUGAGGCGUUCAGCCCUACCUUCCUCCAGAAGUUUGGCCCGAAGGGCGACGAAGACAAGGGACGAGUCAAAUUUGCCGAAAGCAGCGUCGCUGGAAAGCCGCGCGAAGGCAGGCCGGCCACGGACGCUGCGGGCGGUGCUCCUCCGGAGCCGGUGAUAUGGAACUGCGGCAAGCGUUUGGCGGCAGCGGGGGCGAGCGGAGGGAUUCCCUUCCUGUCGUCGGUGCUCCAGGAGCAGCAGCAGCAGCAGCAGCAGGAUUCCCUGAGUUCUCCCGCUGUGCGCGGUGUAGGGAAGCCGCUUUGUCGGGGCGGCUUUGCGGAGAUUUCGCCUUCAUCUGACGAGCCGGCGGCGGCGCGUUUGGAGAAGAAGGCCUCCGUGGGACCGGCGGGGCCUUCGGAUGGCGCGGUUGGCUCGAGCGUGGCCACUCCGCCCGUCGGCAUCGGAGACGCGGAGGCUGCAGCGAUGAGUGUGAAAAAGCCGGAGGGCGAGAAGCACCUGGACACGGUGGACGAAGAGGUGCUCAAGAAGAGGCGUGAAAUCGAGCAGGCGUACCGGGAGGACUGCGAGACGUUCUGCACGGUGGUGAGGAUGCUGGUGGACAAAGACCCGUCGCUGGAGAAUUCCGUGCAGGCCUCGCUGAGGGCCAACAUCGUGGAGAUGGGGCAGCAGUCCCUGGAGCAGCUCCGGAAUUUUGUGGCGAGCCGCAAGCGCUUGCGGAGCAAGGAGCACUCGCCGGCGCUGCCGCAGGUCUGGCCUGCUCCGUAGCGCGUCUGCAACAGCGGCCGCACGCUAAAGGUCCUGCUUUUGCAACGUUCGGUGGUCCGAGGUGUGUCGGUUGAGUAAAGGAAGUGGACUUGGGCACAGGGCGCGUCGUGAUAGUGUUGAACGUUUAUAAUGUGUGCGUGUGUGUGAAAUGAGCGUGUCUAAACUUGGGUUUUGGAAAGCGCUUUGUGUUGGUUAGCAAUAUUGGUUAACCAUUGUCAGUAUUGUUAUUGUUUUUUUUUUUACAAAUCGUGUACAGAUGUCAAUAAGUGCGUGUGAAGUUACGUUUUCUGUAACUGUGAAAUGAUAUAAACCAUCCGGAUACGACUGGUGUGGUGUAACAGUUGUUUCUUCCGGAGUGGAAGUUGGACCAAUGGAACUAUUUUCUUAAUUCCCCCCCCCCCCCCCCCCCCCCACCAUUUUAAUGGAAACACCACAAGGCAAUCGUCAGGAUCUGUGCGGUGGGGUAAACUGUGGGUAUUCCCCGAAUGCUUCUAAGGGUUCUGUCCAGAGUCGAGGCGUUAGUUGGGUUUUUCUGAAGCUCCCUCCAAUGCCGGGGGGCUACUGCACCUUCACCUUUUGCCUUUGCAAACCAUAUUCAGAUGAUCUACAUAUUUCUUACAUUGAGGCUACCGAAACGCAAAUAAAACAAUACCAAUGAGAGUAAAGAGAUGAGAAAAAAUAAAAUGGGACGCAAAACAAAACAUCAUUACUUAAUUGGAAGGCGACCGUGAUUUCGUGACACAAAUUCAACGACUCGAUGUGGGAGAGAUGAAUCGUUACAUCGCUUGAAAAGGAGACUGCAGAGGUUCAACGGGGGGGGGGGGGGGGGGGGGGGUGGAAGUAAGAGCGACGUGGUUUUUUAUGAGCGUGACAUCGUUCUAUUUUUCCUAACACUCAUUCAGUGCGGCGUUGAGUUUUGUUGUCUUACUCUUAUUAUACGGUGGCUUUGUUGCGAGUCCCAUUACCCCCUCCUGGUUCAGUAGGCAAGUGUACCGCAUUGAAAUGUGACACCAGCACACUGCACAUACGUGAAAACACUACCGGCGGUGGCGGGCGGGGGGUGGGCCUGGGCCGGGGCUGGUGAAAUCGGAACCAUCUGGGCUUUAUUUUAACCUAAUUCUCGGGACGGCUGCGAGAUGUUUUUAUUUUAUUUUCUUCUUGUAAUAAAAUGGUGUGUUUUCAAUGUGCCGUUGUGCAUCUGCCUUUUUUAUUUUUUAUUUUCUGCAUGUUAUGUUACAGAGCGUUCCCUUUGUACUAUGUUGGGCAGAAAUGUAAUUAUUUACAAAGUAAACGUGCGUGACGUCACACAUCGGAAUAGCGAAAGCAUCUGUCCGUUUAAACGAGAUUUGUACAUUUUUUGUGUCGUGGAUAUUCUGUAAUAAAAGCAAAUGCACAGUGUC